CAGUACCACUUCCGGUUCCCUCGCCAACAGCCAACGGACGCCCAACUCAGUCUGAAACUCAGCCUCUGCCAGCUGCCUGAUCGCCCACAAUGGGAUUUCCCAGAGGACCACGGCACCACAAACGCUGCCGCCGUCCACUUCGGGAACCACGUGUCGGCUCUACCUUACCCAUCAUGGUCACCGCGCCCCCACCACCUCCACUCCCGCCGCCCUCACAAGUGCGCCAGAACUACCACCCUGAAUGUGAGGCCGCUGUCAACGACCACAUCCACCUGCAGCUCUACGCCUCCUACGUGGCCCAGUCCAUGGCUUUCUACUUCGACCACGACGAGGUGGCGCUGAAGGGCUUCGCCCGCUACUUCCUGAAGCUCGCCCUGAUUGAGAGGGAUCAAGCUGAGAAAAUGGUGAGGAUGCAGAACCAGCGGGGAGGCCGCAUGGUCUUUCGCGACAUCCGUAAGCCUGAGCGCGACAGCUGGGAGGGCGGCCUCCAGGCCAUGGAGAAUGCCUUGUACCUGGCCAAGAGCAUCAACGAGAGCCUCCUGGAGCUGUAUGACCUGGGCGCUUUGAAGGGCGAUGCCCACCUCUGCUACUUCUUGAAGAUCAACUACCUGGACCAGCAAGUCCAAGUCAUUGAGGAGCUGGCAUGCCACCUGACCAACCUGCGCAGCUUGGGGGCCCCAGACGUCAACAUGGCGGAGUACCUCUUCGAUAAGCUCACCCUGGGCCAGGGCGACAAAGAGAACUGAGCAGACUGUCCCCACUGCCACGGGGUGACGCCCCCAGGACUGAUAGGUCCUUUGUGCCUUUUGCACAGUUACUUCAUUCCUUCAUUCAGUUUAAGCAUUGUUUACAAUAAAGUUUUGUGGUUCUUAAAGAAAUAAAUUUGUCUGGUUGAAUCAUAUACAAAUCCCUUAGCUAUAGAAAUAGGGCAAAUCCCCAGGCAGGUACAAAACUGGUGUCACUGAAUCUCCUUCACCCUUCCUUCCUCCCCUCCUAACAUGUCCCAUUUGCAUGUAACUUAGGAUCCCCACUGGUGGAGGGAAAAAAGGUUCCAUGGGCUCCUGGAGAACACACUGAUUUUCCUUUAUAAACUAGGUGGGUUUGUGGGGGCUGGGUGAGGUGGGUGAGGUGCUGUGUGUGGUCUGGGGCCACCAUGUCUCUGAAGUUGCAAAUGUAAACAUGGUGUUCUG